UCAAAUUUCAUUUUGUUUUUGUAAGUAAUUAAAAAUUGGUCCUGAAUUCUUUCUAGAAUUAAAACCAAGCCUUUGUGUAUCUUCUUUCAAAAUAGAUUGCUGCUGGAUCUCCACUUUUUGUUCCUCUUCCCUCCCAGUUAAUUAUCUUAAAUUGAUGCUUUCUUUUAGAUAUUUAAUUCCACCCAAACAUUUCUGCCACCCCUAACACCUUUUCUAAGUCAUUAUUAAGUAAGACAUCAUUUAGCAUCUAUAACUUACUCUCUUUCCUUUAAAAAAAUCACUACUCUUUUAAAGUGUGUGUGUGUGUGUGUGUGUGUGUGUGUGUGUGUGUGUGUGUGUGUGUGUGUGUAGAGGCAUGUGUAUGCAAGUGGAGAUCAGAGGACCAUUUGUGGGUGUGGUUUCUCCCUCCCACCAUGGGUAUGCAGAGUCAAACUUAGGUCAGCAAGCUUGGCGGUUGCUCUUGUAGGCCCUUUCAUUUUACUCAUCUUGUCUGGCUUAAAAUGACUUUUCAGUUCAUAUCUCCUUUCCCUUCCUUCCUGUGUUAAAACUGGAAUUGGUCCUUUGGGUGCUGGAGAGAUGGCUCAGCAGUUGAGCGCACUGGCUGUCCUUCCAAAGGGCCUGGAGGCUCAGUGUUUGUAACUGCAGUUCCAGGGGAUCCAGACAUAAUGUAGGCAAAAUAACAAUGGGCAUAAAAAUAAUCUAUCUCUCCCCCCCCCCCCCGUGUGUGUGUGCGUGUGUGUGUGUGUGGGUGUGUGUGUGCAUGCUUGUGUCUAGCAUGGUUUGGGCCAUACCCACUGCACCUUUGCCCUUGGCCUUUGAAGUCCCUUUGAAAGCACUGGAUAAGAAAGCGCUGUAGGCUUUCCUGUGCAGUCGGCCGGGGACCUGCCGCUGUGCUUAGGCAGAGGAAGUAAGCCUAGGAGACUGCAUAUGCCCACGCCCUCCUCUCCAUGUCAGAGGAGAGGACCGGGUGCUGAAGAGCUAGACGACGGGGAAGGUUACGUUCCUCCUGUGCGCCAUUGCCGCUCUAGAACUGUUUCUAGUCUCAUCUUGCCUUCCUGAAUUCAUCUGUGGGAAAAUCUCUGAACACUCUCGGAAAAGAUGCAGGAACUAGAUAAGUUGCGGAGUGAGUGGGCCUCGCACACAGCAGCGCUGACCAAUAAGCACUCCCAGGAGUUAACAAACGAGAAGGAGAAAGCCUUGCAGACACAAGUUCAGUACCAACAGCAGCAUGAACAACAGAAAAAGGAUCUGGAAGCCCUCCAUCAACGAAAUAUCCACCAGCUACAAAACAGAUUGUCUGAGUUAGAGGCAGCUAAUAAAGAGCUCACCGAGAGGAAGUAUAAAGGAGACUCCACUGUCAGAGAACUAAAAGCGAAGCUUGCUGGUGUGGAAGAGGAGCUGCAGCGGACCAAGCAAGAGGUCCUUUCUCUGAGAAGAGAGAAUUGUACUCUGGAUACUGAAUGCCACGAGAAAGAAAAGCAUAUUAACCAGCUACAAACAAAAGUGGCCGUUUUAGAACAGGAGAUCAAGGAUAAAGACCAGCUUGUUCUGAGAACAAAAGAAGCAUUCGAUACAAUCCAAGAGCAAAAGCAGGUGGCUUUAGAAGAAAAUGGUGAGAAAAAUCAGAUACAAUUGGGAAAACUUGAAGCUACAAUAAAAUCAUUAUCAGCAGAACUUCUAAAGGCGAAUGAGAUUAUCAAGAAGUUACAAGGAGAUCUUAAAACUCUGAUGGGUAAAUUGAAACUGAAGAAUACAGUUACUAUUCAGCAAGAAAAGCUAUUGGCUGAGAAAGAAGAAAUGCUACAAAAGGAGCGAAAGGAAUCACAGGAUGCUGGGCAGUCUCUUCGGGCCAAAGAGCAAGAGGUAUGCAGAUUACAAGAACAAUUAGAAACUACAGUUCAGAAACUUGAAGAAAGUAAACAACUUUUGAAAAAUAAUGAAAAAUUAAUCACAUGGCUAAACAAAGAACUAAAUGAAAACCAGCUGGGAAGAAAGCAAGACACACUGGGGGCCUCUGCCACCCCACCCACACAUUCUGCUAGCAACACCGUCAGAAGUGGGCUUUCUCCCAGCCUGAAUGUGGUUGAUAGUAGACUAAAUUACCCAAGCUGUGGAAUUGGCUAUCCUGUCUCGUCUGCGUUCACAUUCCAGAAUGCUUUUCCUCAUGCAGUAGUUGCCAAAAACACCAGCCAUCCAGUCUCUGGACCAAAGGUGCAGUUCAGCUUGCAGCUGACAAAGCAAAGCACGUCGUCGGGAGAUGGGCAGCCGGGAGCGGCUGUUAACAGGUCUGCUUCAGCUGACAAGGAGAAUGGUGAAAAUUUAGGAUUGGAAUCCAAAUACUUGAAGAAAAGAGAAGAUAGCAUUCCUUUACGUGGACUCAGCCAGAAUCUGUUUAGUAAUUCAGACCAUCAGAAAGAUGGCAUGCUGGGAGCGCUGCAGACAUCUUCCAAACCCACAGUCCUGCCCCCAUCUUCAUCGUAUUUUCCUGGGCCAUUACCAAGUAGUUAAUCCGACACCUUUCACUGCUUACUGACAGUUUAGAAACUCAAGUGACUUAACAGACCAUUAAUAACACCAGUCUUUUCUUGUUCCUGUUAGGUCAUUUGUAUCCUUUAUAAUAGUGCUGCCAUUGACAAACUUAGGACAUUGAUAAGGACUCUGAGUAAAUGGUAUUUUUUUCUGUGAGCACAACAGAAUAUUUAAAAAAAAAAAAAGUCACUGAAUUGUAUCGGAUUUUUACCAGUUGGUCUGAAUAGGGACACUAAAUCAAAGAUAAGCCUGCAGAGAAUAGUAGUAACAAGCUGAAGAAGACUUGUGAUUCAUACUAUCAUUUCUGUUAUUAAAAAAUUAUUAAUUUGCCACCUGAGAGUUGGGAGGGCUUCCACCUGUGAUCAUUGGUCUUUACACUGAGUUAGUAUACUACUUUCAAAGGGUUUUUUUGUUUGUUUUUCUUUGAGAUAGGGUCUAUUAUGUAGUUCAGGCUGCAGAACAUGCCAUGUAUGUAGACUAGGCUGGUCUGAAAUCCAGAUCCGCCUGCCUCUGUCUCCCAACACCUGGUAUGUACUACUGAGCCUGAUUUACACAAUGUAUUUUGGUUUAUUCUUUCUCCUCUCAGGUGCUCUCCAAUUUCCUACCCACCCAAUUCCAUAUUUUCUCCCUUAAAAAGAAAAUUAAAAUAACCAACCAGUAAGAUAAAAAUAUCAAACCAAAACCAAUGGAUUUGACCUUGUGUUAGUCAACAACUCCUGGGUGUGGGUGUUUGGAAUUUGGCUGAUAUACUCGAUAGUCUUAAGCACUUUGAGUGAAAGUUAAGUAUUCGUAGUGAGCGGAUUAUUUUCUCUGACAUGUUUGAUCUAUGAAAUGAUUUUAUAUAAAAAUUGGGCAGUAUAUUUACAUGACUGAAAUGCUUUAGUCGUCUGGGCUGAGCAUAGUUGAUUUUGACACUUCCAUACAAGAUCAUCAGUGGAAUAGCACCAUAAAAGUUUUUAUAAUAUACUUUUACAAUAUUUGUGCUCAGUGUUAAUAAAGCAGGCAAGUUAACUAUUGGAAGUUACAACUUUCUCAUUAUUAAAAACUUCCAAGAAUUAUUCCUUGGAAAUUAAGUAGUUUCAAAAAACAAAACAAAACCAAAACUAACACUCAGUAAUCUUAGAGGUCUAGUUUUGUUUUCUUGUUGAUAACACCCCAAAUCUUAUCUGUAAAAUGUAACAAUCAUGUGAUAUUUUCAAAGUUUCAAGAGGCUGGCGAGAUGGCUCGGUUGUUGAUUAGCACUAAAUAUCUUUCAGAGGACAUGGGGGUUCUAGUCCCAGAACCCACAUGGCAGCUCAUGAUUGUAUGUCACCCACAGUGCAUCAGGCAUGUGGUUUCUAAAUAUACACUGUUGAAGACAUUUUGAGACUGAGACAUAUUAACUAUGAGGGCUACAGGAGAACAGGGAUCUUUAGUCUCACUUUCAGGAUGAUAGCAUCUGCCAUCUAUCUUCAACAAGGAAGGGCUGAAGUAGAAGUUCAGUGAUGUAAGGCUAUUGGUACAACUACUUGAGAGCACUUAUUCUGGAAAGAAGCCUCUUGCCAGCACAGGACUGUUGUAAAUACUGUAAAGUAAGCGUCAGUGCUUGCGGCCGGCUUUGGGAAGGGAUUAAGACGUAUCUAUUAGCUUUGUGAAGAGAUACCCUCCCCUUACUAUUUAUAAACAUUUCCAAGAUAGGCUGUUGGUGAGCUGUCUGUGCUAAGUGUCCACCACACGGAUAGUGCUAACUCUCUGCUCUACCUCUCAGCUUUUGUUUGAAAUUGUUUUGUAUAACUGUACAUGUGUUAAUAAUCAAAAUGUUGUUCUUUGCUAUUUCUGAAAACUGUGACCUUUGUUAAUAAAGCACUGAAACCUCAGAA